AACGCAUAUACCAAAAAAACAACAAAUCUGGUGCCUGCCGCUGUCCCCACGAAAACUGCAACUAACAAACAUCGAAAUUGAAACGAAGACCAACAUCUAGCCCCAACUGCAACUGCAGCCACCGCCAAAACCACACCACCUAGAACCCAACACCAUAGAGAGGCCAAAAUAGCUUUUAAAUAAAACCAAUGUGCUGCUGCGCCCUUUUCCCGCUGCUACUCCUCCUGAUUUUUGGCACAAGGACAACGCACCAGGUAAAUGUCGACUGCAACGAGCUGCAGAUGAUGGGCCAGUUCAUGUGCCCGGAUCCGUCGAGGACAGACCACAUCGACCCCAAGACACAGCAACUAGCAGGCUGCACAAAGGAGGGCCGCGCCCGCGUCUGGUGCAUCGCCGCCAGCGAAAUCAAUUGCACAGAAACGGGUAACUCGACGUUUACCAGGGAAGUACCCUGCAAGUGGACAAAUGGCUACCACUUGGAUACUACACUCCUGCUCUCCGUAUUUCUGGGAAUGUUCGGCGUGGACCGCUUCUACCUGGGCUAUCCUGGCAUUGGAUUGCUCAAGUUCUGUACGUUAGGCGGUAUGUUCCUAGGCCAGCUGGUGGACAUAAUACUCAUAGCACUGCAGGUGGUGGGACCGGCAGAUGGUUCCGCCUACGUUAUACCAUACUAUGGCGCUGGAAUCCACAUCGUUCGGAGUGACAACGUCACGUACCGGCUACCCAGGGACGACUGGUGAUGGUUAAGGCGGCACAGCGCCUGGUGUACACUAGAUAAUGUUAAGUCCUUGUUAUAUCUUAAGUACGGCUUAUGACACUAAGCAACGACUGCCCGACUCAGAUUCAGAUCCAGAUUCAGAUUAGUGCAUUACGUACCCUAGUUGAUAAGUGUAAAGAUUGUUGCCACCAUCAUUUGCGUAGCCUAAGUUGCAUUGUUUAGUCUUAGUUACCACUGUACAUGGUCCCUUAUACAACUCUACAUCGGUGUAAUUGUAUAGACCACAUAGACAAAUUGUUUGCCAAUAUAACUAACGAUUUUAA